ACUAGUAGCCAUACCGAUGAUGUAUUUAUGCUUGUCAGUCGGCUGUUGUCUGUAGAACCCUUCGAUAAAAACCCCGUUGCUCGCCUCUACUCAUGUCGACUACGUUCAUUAAAACUACUUUGCUCUCACACACCUCUUUAACUAUUUACCGAACCUUACAAAUACCUCUUUAUUAACUUUAACAUGGCUGCUACUCAGACCAAAGGCACUAUUCUCAUCACCGGCGCUGGUGGCUACGUCGGUGGUCAGAUCGUCAGGGAGGCCUUAGAGUCCGGGUAUAACGUACGUAUUACGGCACGCACAGAAUCUUCCGCAGCCCGUACUAUCUCGCACUACCCCUCCUAUGCCUCCUCUCUUUCUUCUACCAUCGUCCCAGACAUGACGGUCCUUGAGUCCUACGCCGCGGCUUUCGCAGACGGGUCUAUUGAGGGCAUCGUCCACUCGGCGUCGCCCCUGAACUUUAAUCCCCAGGACAAUGUUCGCGACCUUCUCGACCCGGCGACCAAGGGCGCGACGACAAUCCUCGAGGCCGCGCUGAAGUACGGCGGCAGUAAAGUCCGGCGCGUAGUGGCGACCAGCUCGCUCGCCGCCGUCGUAGACCCGGAGAAAGGCACGCGUCCGGGCCACUCUUACGACGAGAAGGACUGGAACCCCGUGACGUGGGACUCGGCGGUCAAGGCCCAGGCGGUCAUCGCGUACGUGUCCAGCAAGGCGCUCGCGGAGCGCGCCAUGUGGGCGUGGAUGGACGGCCACCCGGACGCCGGGUUCGCGCUGGCGACGAUCUGCCCGCCGUGGGUAUUCGGGCCAUACGCGCACGAGCUGUCGAGCACGGCGGCGAUAAGCGAGUCGGUAGCGCUGCUCAACAACAUCAUCGACAGCCCGUCCGUCCCGCCGUUCGACUUCGGCGGCUACGCCGACUCCCGCGAGGUGGCGGCCGCGCACAUCCGGGCCCUGGAGGUCCCCGAGGCGGCGGUCGACGCGGCGCGGGAGGCGCUGCCGGAGGCGCGGGAACGCCUGCCUGUGGGCAAGGUGGGGGAUUGGUCGCCGGUGGACGCGUACCGUAUCGAUGGGUCUAAGGCGACUAGGGUGUUGGGGCUGAAGUAUGGGACUUUGAAGGAUACGGCUGUUGAGACUUAUAAGGAGUUGUUUAGGGCCAGGGCGUUGGAGGCUAAGGCGUAGUGGAUUGGGGGGUGGUUGGUAGAUAGGGCAGGAGAGGGGUUGUAUGUUGAAAUCUACAUAGUAGGGUGAAGCGAGUACAUAUAUAUACGGCGGUCGUGUUGGAGGGUAAGGCCGUCGAUUAUCCUGAUGUGAAGUAUGGA